AUGGAGACGAUUAGGAAAUCACUGCAAGCGAUUAAUGUCACCGGCCCUGACUCGGAUGAUCAAGAGGAACAACAACAAAAGCGUGAUCCGAUACGAGCCGGCGAUAGGGUUCUUCUUACGGGUGCCAAUGGAUUUGUCGGGGGCCAUAUCCUCAAAGCCCUUUUGAAAGACGGGUUUAAAGUUAAGGCGGUCGUUGGUACUCGAAAUGAGGAAAUGAAGGUUAAGCGGCUGUGCGCCGGAAGCGAGGAGCGAGUGCAGGUUGUAGUUGCAGGUGGUAUUGUGGGAGAUAAAUCUAAGGAUGUUGUGAGAGGUGUUUCUGGGGUUAUCAUCACCGCCUGUCCCUACAAAAGCUGGGAUCAAAGACAGGAGACAAAUAUCGUAGGGAUACUAGAUUCGAUAUGCAAGCAUAACCCAAUGAUAAAACGGGUUAUACUUACCUCCGUUAUGAACGAUCUAAAUAAAGAUCGAGAAAGCAGCGAUUGGGACCCUACCACAGCCCUCAAAACCUCACCUCCAAAAACACCAAUCGAGCGUGCAGCAUGGAAAUACAUAUCAUCCAACUCCCCAAAUUUCACCCUAGCGUCAGUUAUUGUGCCGACUCUGUUCGGGCCUUCCGCACAUGAUCCACCCACAACAGAGCCUGCGUCAGAGAUACUUCGUCUCAUCAGAGGCACCGACACGGUUCCUGUAAAUACCACUGGACCAUGGUCAGACGUGAGAGACGUUGCCAAAGUACAUGUUGCAGCAUUGAUGAGAGGAGGAAUCAGUGGGGACGCCGGAGAAGACCGUUUCUUUGCUGUUGCAGGGGUCUGUAGCUCGAAGCAGAUCUGCAAGGUUGUGGAAAGAUGGUUCCCACGGCUUAUUGCGGAAGGACGAGCUCCAAAGGCCGAUAGUGUUCCAGGGGCAUUCGAGGAGGAGGAAGAUGAGAUGUUUGGUGGUCGAUAUGAAGGUGAUAAUAGGGUGACUAGUUCGAAGAGAGGGUUAAGGGGCAUGGCAAAGGAGCACCUCAGGAGGCGGUGCUGUACAUGCGGUGAGUGCGCGACCAAGAUGAGGCACAGAAGGACUAGUGUGGAUGAGCUCGACGAGAGUUUUGAGGAUAGUUUGAAUGAGGAUAAGGAUAGCUUGUACACACUUGUGGAGCAAGCAUACGAGGGCUCAAUGUCGAGUAUCGAGCCUACUGGCUCAAACAUUCCGCGCAGCUUUGCGAGGGGUGAGGCCCUCUGUGCUUGUGCUCCCGAAAAGUGUACAUGUGCUGGGUCAGCGGUGGUGGAACUCGAGGAGCGACCAAGGACGAGAACCAGUGUUGUGCUGAACAAGCCUGACAUGGGAGAAAUGUUGCACCACUCGUGA